AUGACUGAAGCUGAAAAGAAGGAAACCAUUGCUCUCAUCGGCUUGGGCACAAUUGGCCUCUCAUUCGCCGCACUUCAUCUACGCUAUUCAAACGCCAAUCUUAGACUAUACGACGUCCGCAGUGAUUUGAAGCAGCAUAUCGAAAGCCUCCUACCAGUCUAUCUUGAAUCUACAAAGAAAGAAAGUUCUCAGGCUGAUAUCACAGUCGAGAAACUCGUUGCUGACGGUAGACUGCUUGUAUGCUCUUCCAUCGAGGAAGUUUGCUCUGGGGCAACAAUCGUCCAGGAGCAAGGACCUGAUAGUGUUGAUUUUAAAAAGUCGAAUUGGGCUGAGGUAGUUAAGUAUGCACCUUCAAGCGCUCACUUAUGGAGUUCCACGUCUGGGAUAAGUGCAUCGAGGCAGGUGGAGGAUCUGGAAGAUAAGACCAGAGUUCUCGUGGUACACCCCUUCAAUCCCCCUCAUAUAAUGCCAUUGAUUGAAGUCGUCCCCUCACUUCAUACAGAGCCAGAACGAACUCAAUUCGCCAUCGAUUACUUCAAGAAUCUCGGCUCCGGUCAUCGCCCCGUCAGAAUCAACAAAGAAACCCAAGGCUUUGUCGGAAACCGUCUAGCAUUUGCUUUAUUCCGCGAAGCUUGUCAUCUAGUCUCAAACGAUGUUGUCUCAGUUGAAGAUCUAGACACUAUCGUUGAAGCAAGCAUAGCGCCACGCUGGGCAGUAGCUGGGCCAUUCAAGACAUACAACAGUGCUGGUGGAACUGGUGGAAUCGGAGCAUUUCUCCAUAAUUUGGCUGAUACCAUGGAGGCAUGUUGGGAUGAUGCAGGUGAUAUUAGUCUCAAGGGGACGUCUGCAACUAAACCUGGUCAGGGAAUUGGUGAUGGAGACUGGACGGAUAAGAUCGUGAAGGAGACAGAACAGGCUUAUGGACGACCAACGGCAGAGUCACUGGCAGAGCGUGAUCGGAACUUGCAGAAGCUCAUAGUAGCUCAACCAAAAGUAGAUUAG